AUGGCUGUCCAUACACCCGAUAAUGGAUUUCCCCCAGGGACAGUUUUGCUCGAAGACCGGAACAACUCGCAAUCUGAGUUGAUUCUUAGUCCAACUCCCACCGAUGACCCCGAUGACCCUUUGAACUGGUCCAAGCUUCGGAAAGCAGUAAACUUUGGUCUCACCUGCACAUACGUGCUCUUCACGUUUGUUCUCAUUGAUAUCAACAGUCUCGCAUAUCGUGGAUACAUCAAGGAGCUAGGCCUGACCUACGCAACUUUCAAUCGAUCGAGCGGCUGCAACUUUGCCGGUCUCGCGAUUGGGUGUCUCCUAUUGAUUCCCUGCGUUCAUAAGUAUGGACGACGUCCGUUAUAUCUUCUUAGUGCUACCCUCCAGCUCGUAUGCGCAAUUUGGUGGGCAAACUUUCACCACGCCGGGGAGUUAAUUACUAUUAGUUUUCUGGCAGGUAUAGCAGGCUCAGUCAGUGAGGCAAUCGUGAUGAUCACCGUUGUCGAUUUGUUCUUCAUUCAUCAGCACGCUCGUAUGAACGGAAUUUUCAUCUUCAUGCAAAGUCUUGGCGCCACUGGGGGUCCUGUCGUUGCAGGAUACAUCGUCGUCUCCCUGGGCUGGAGAUGGAUGUGGAAAAUUGUGGCAAUUCUGGUCGGAGUCAAUCUUCUCUUCGUACUUUGCUUCUUUGAAGAGUCCAAGUACACCCCUACACUCGUCGGGCACUCAGCCACUUCCAAGCCCUCUCAAUUCGUCGAGGACAAGGAAAAGUCCGACACAACUGCAGAGGCACAGCCUGUUUCAUCCCGCGUGACUGUUGAUGUCCAGCGAAGCCGCAAAUCUAUUCGCCAACGCCUCGCUUUUGUGACGAAGACAGAUAUACCCAUUCUACAGCACUUUUAUCAGCCCCUGAUUGUUCUUUUCUCGUUUCCUGCAGUCGCCUUCGCUGCUCUUACUUAUGGAUCGAUUCUAUCAUGGUUCUCUGCCAACGUGUCGGCUGGGUCCUACUUUUUGAUCGCUGAACCAUACAAUUUCAACGCUGCUCAGAUUGGCUUAUUCCACCUGGGAGGGUUCGCAGGCACACUUCUAGCCACCCUGACAGCGCCACCGUUGAAUGAUUGGCUAAUUGUCAGGCUGGCAAAACGGAACGAGGGUAUCUUCGAGCCAGAGAUGCGGCUGUGGAUGAUGUUUCCCGCCGCUGCUAUCAACUCCGCUGGGUUGAUGUUAGGUGGUAUUGGUCUUGCGAAGGGUUUACAUUGGGCCGUGCUGGCUGUCGGAAAUGGUACCUUUGGUUUUGGUUUCAUCGUCACCGCGGACGUUGCUCUUACCUACCUAACCGAUAGUUAUCCUGACAUCCUCGGUGAUGCACUUAUAGCCGUGGUAUUCGUCCGCAAUGGCUUAGCCAUGGUCAUCCGAUUUUCGUUCACGGACUGGAUCUAUGGCAUGGGUAUUCAAAACACUUUCAUUCUCAUUGGAGUGAUUGCCCUUGUUACUGCGAUAUUACCGGCACUGUUGAUGAUUUAUGGGAAACGGGCUAGAGUCAAUACAACCCAGAAAUAUCGGACUUUUUCAUCCUGUCAACUGGAGGUGGCGAGAGCUGUUGACGUGACCACACCUUGA